AAAUAAUUCGUGGAAGGGUGAGAAAAAGAUGAAAGUAUUACUUGCUACAGUGAUCUUGUCUUGUUAUGUUAACAGCAUAGACGUUUGCUGGUCUGGCUGGAAUGGGUUGCAGAAGGAUUAUAGAGGUAGUAUUAAAGAAACCAUCUCAGGAGAAACUUGCAUGAAAUGGACGGAUCAGAAUCCUCAUGCUCACAGCAGAACAGAGGAAAACUAUCCAAACAGCGGCCUGGGUGACCAUAAUUACUGCAGAAAUCCUGACAACGAACCUAAUGGAGCUUGGUGCUACACAACAAAUCCUCUACAAAGAUGGGACUACUGUCCUGUCCCUUCAUGCACUGAGGAUAAAUGCUGGGACGGUCUGCAGAAGGACUAUAGAGGACCACUACAAGUAACAGAAUCAGGUGAACAAUGCCAGAAAUGGACGGAACAGUAUCCUCAGGAACAUAGCCGCACCGAAGAAAACUACCCAGAAGCAGGACUUGGAAACCACAACUAUUGCAGGAAUCCAGACAACGAACCCGCCGGAGCUUGGUGCUACACAACCAAUCCUGAUAAACGAUGGGAUUACUGUGAUGUUCCUAAGUGCCCAUCAACUCUUGCCAAAAAGGAUUGUUGGGAUUCAUUGCAGAAGGACUAUAGGGGUGGUGUUAAAGAAACCAUCUCAGGAGAUACUUGCAUGAAAUGGACGGAACAGAAUCCUCAUGAACACAGCAGAACAGAGAAAAAUUAUCCAAACAGCGGCCUGGGUGACCAUAAUUACUGCAGGAAUCCUGACAACGAACCUAUGGGAGCGUGGUGCUACACAACCAAUCCGUUACAAAGAUGGGACUACUGUCCUGUCCCUUCAUGCACUGAGGAUAAAUGCUGGGACGGUCUGCAGAAGGACUAUAGAGGACCACUACAAGUAACAGAAUCAGGUGAACAAUGCCAGAAAUGGACGGAACAGUAUCCUCAGGAACAUAGCCGCACCGAAGGAAACUACCCAGAAGCAGGACUUGGAAACCACAAUUAUUGCAGGAAUCCAGACAACGAACCCGCCGGAGCUUGGUGCUACACAACCAAUCCUGAUAAACGAUGGGAUUAUUGUGAUGUUCCUAAUUGCCCAUAAACUCUUGCCAAAAAGGAUUGUUGGGAUUGCUUGCAGAAGGAUUAUAGGGGUAGUAUUGAAGAAACUGUUUCAGGAGAAGCUUGCAUGAAAUGGACGGAGCAUAAUCCUCAUGCUCACAGCAGAACAGAGGAUAACUAUCCCAACAGCGGUCUGGGUGACCAUAAUUACUGCAGAAAUCCUGACAACGAACCUAUGGGAGGCGGGAGCUUGGUGCUACACAACCAAUCCUGAUAAAAGAUGGGACUACUGUGAUGUACCUAAGUGCCUGUCUGCUCAUAAUGGACUAUUAGCAA